GGGGGAGGAGUUUUAGGGUAGCCGUUAAAGGCGAGUCCAGUUGCCUCCGUCUCAGUGUGUUCAUUCAGACUGACGCUCAGUCCAAGCUCGGAUUUUGUCUUGAACCCACCGCUACAUCCACAUCAAAAUGGCAGAUCAGCUGACAGAAGAGCAGAUUGCUGAAUUCAAGGAGGCAUUUUCGCUCUUUGACAAGGAUGGAGACGGCACCAUCACCACCAAAGAGCUGGGAACAGUCAUGCGCUCUCUGGGCCAGAACCCCACAGAGGCAGAGCUGCAAGACAUGAUAAAUGAAGUGGAUGCCGAUGGAAAUGGAACGAUAGACUUCCCAGAGUUCCUGACCAUGAUGGCCAGGAAGAUGAAGGACACAGACAGCGAGGAGGAGAUCAGAGAAGCAUUCCGUGUCUUUGACAAGGACGGCAAUGGAUACAUCAGUGCUGCUGAGCUGCGCCACGUGAUGACAAACCUCGGAGAGAAGCUGACUGACGAGGAAGUGGACGAGAUGAUCAGAGAAGCAGACAUUGACGGAGACGGUCAGGUCAACUAUGAAGAGUUCGUACAAAUGAUGACGGCGAAGUGAAGGCCUUGUACAGAUUUCGUAUAUAAAUAAUUUGCCUUUUUUCUUUGUGUAAUUUAUCUGUAAAAUCUUAAUAGCCCCCCUUCGUCCCUGCCCCCCUCUGCUGUCCAAAGGAACUGCAUGUAAACUGCAUAGGCUCUUGUCCCCAUGUCCCUUUCUUUUGCUGUCAUGGUGUCUUGGAGUGACAGAACGGUCAAACAACCAGAAGCCCGUGGAGGCCCCUGGGAGCUGGAGAACUUCGAAUUUUCCUGUCUUGUGUGCUCGGGGCCCCUCCACGCAUGGCGACAUUAGAAACCUGUCAGCUGGUUGUCACUUGGCAACACUGUUGGCAUGGAAACAAUGUAGAGGAGUUUAAAACUCUGCAUGGACUACGGACAAAGUAUAUAUGGAAAUCUCUCAGCAUUGCACUACUGCAAAAAAAUGACACGGGUGUAUCUCCUAGGUACUCUUACAAACUCUUUUUGUAUCUGCUGUUCUAUAUACCAGAAAAUGACUAAUCUUACCAUGCUUUUUAAUGUUUUACUCACUACUUUUACUUUUUUCUUUUCUUUCCUUUUCUUUUUUUUUUUUUUUUUAAUGGCCUCUGGUCAUGCCUGAAAUAAUCCAUUCCAAGUUGUAUAUUUUUGUUUUCCAAUAAAAGUUACAAUCUACCCAGAUUUGAAAAUUGUCUUGUUUUCUCAGUAACGAUGGAUCCUUGAGUUUGUAUGCCCUGUAAUAAUUCCCUUUUUUGUAUUGAGGAUAGGAUGCUCCGGUUUUUUGAUAGGAUCUUUCUUUUUCUUGUUGCUUCGAAUGCACAUGAACUGUUUACCGAAUUUAAAAAAAAAAAAAAAAAAAAGAA